AUGGCGCCCAAGCGCAAGCGCAAGCCGAGGGCGACGCCGGUGGUCGACGACGACGGCAACGACGAUGCACCGUCCACGUCCACCGCCCCUUCUUCCCCCCGCGUCGGCCUCGAGCACCUCCCCGUCCCCGUCCUCGAGCUCAUCCUCCGCAGGCUCGACCACGAUUCCUUAUUCACGUGCGCGUUUGUUUGCAAGGCGUGGCGGGACACGCUCACGAGGGACCUCGCGGGGGCGACCCCGGAGGUUUGGCGCACGAGGCUCACGGAGUUCGUGGACGCCAACUCCGACGCGCUCUGCGCCCUGGACAAGGACGCCGCGCGCAAACCCGGCGCGUUCGGCAACCCGAUGAGCGCCGAGGAAUGGAACAGCGCCGAGCGGCGAAAGGUUCGCGCCUAUUACGCCCCGCUGCUCGCGGCGAGGACGAUGUGCGCGCCGCCGACGAGCGGCGAGGAGCUCCACUUCAUGCACGUGCACAGCGGUCUCACGCCGACGACGAGACCCGGACCGGUCGGGGACGACGCCGAUGGCGGCGGCCUCGGGGCGGACGGGGGAGGUGCGAGCGCGAGCGACCCGGAGGAUCAGUUCGCCGCGCUAGACCCCUUGUCCCUGUACAAGAAUCUGUACGAGGAGUCGUGCUACGACUGCCGCGAGAUGAAGCGACGGGACGACAUCACGCGCAACGCGACGUGGAGGUGCACCGCGGGUUCGCUGCGGGUCAGGCUGUGCAAGUCGUGCUCCGAGCUCUACGCGUACAAACCCCGGGGUCGAAUGCGUCUAGUGACGUUUACGCGGUGCAAAGACGACUGGUGUUUGCGGCCCAAGGAUCUGGAGGGGCUGCCGUACGGACUGGACACUAACCCGGAGAACGCGAGCUGGGCGCCGAUGAAGCUGUACCGCAGGGUCGACGUGGUGGAGCGCGCGCUGGCGCGGUGGAAGAGCAGGGCGAGGUUGGAGGCGGAGCUGAAAAGGAGAGCGCUGCGGUGA